CACGUUGAUUUCAUUAAGAAUAUGAUUAUUAAGUGCAGUUUUUGGAUAGAAUACUUUAGGUUACAUUAAGUGCUAUUAAAAAAUUCACAUUGGUUUCAGAAGCCCGCCAAGUAGCCAUAAUUGUUCACGUGAUGUAAAAAAUGUCACGUCUGAGCGGUCUGAGUAAAAUUACCAGUCAUAAGGGAGAUUGACUCACUGAUUAGCAUCGCUGUUACCAAGUUUGUCGGCGUCUUUCUGACGGUUGCUAACCGAAAACUGCUGAUACAUCUUUUUAUCUCUUUCCUUGUGUGUAUAGAGUUACGCGUCACAUAUAUAUAAGUAUUUAGAUCGCGUCGAAGUGGGAUUCGGGAUAGUUCAUCUCGUCAGUGUCGUACGAUAUUAUUCGCGAUUAUUUCGGGGCCGUUCUAAAUUUUUUAACUUUUAGAAGAGUUUCGCUAAAUAGUAGGUAGUUCAUCGUAAACAUUCAUCAUGGGAUUAAUUUGUUCAACGGCACAGCUUGCCUGCCUGUGUGGUAGUACAGCGUGCAGCUUUUGCUGCUCACAAUGCCCAUCAUGUCGCAACAGCACAAGUACUCGAAUUAUGUAUGCUUUGAUGUUGAUGCUAGGCACAAUAACUGCCUGCAUUACAUUGGCACCAGGAUUGCAAGAAACGUUGAAAAAGGUUCCAUUUUGCGCAAACAGUACCAAUUAUAUACCCAAUUCAUUUACAGUGGAUUGCCAGGCUGCUGUUGGGUACUUAGCGGUUUACAGAAUAAGUUUAAUUAUGACUCUGUUCUUUAUCCUCAUGUCCGUAAUGAUGAUUGGGGUUAAAAGUACAAAAGAUCCUCGUGCAGGAAUACAAAAUGGAUUCUGGGCCAUCAAAUAUCUUUUGCUGAUUGGUGGUAUGAUUGGAGCUUUCUUCAUACCAGAAGGAUCAUUUGGUAUUACCUGGAUGUAUUUUGGAAUGAUUGGAGGUUUCUUAUUCAUAUUAAUCCAGCUGAUACUCAUUAUUGACUUUGCUCAUACUUGGGCUGAUGCAUGGGUAGGAAAUUACGAAGAAACAGAAUCCAAAGGAUGGUAUGCCGCUCUUCUUGGUGCUACUAUCUUAAACUAUUGUUUAGCUCUUACUGGAGUAGUUCUUUUGCAUGUGUAUUUCACAAAGUCUGAUGAUUGCUCGCUGAACAAAUUCUUCAUAUCAAUCAACGUGAUCUUGUGUGUCAUCGUUAGCGCUGUUUCUAUUUUACCCAAAAUCCAAGAGCAUCAACCUCGUAGUGGUUUAUUGCAGUCCUCUGUUAUGUCUUUAUAUGUUGUAUAUUUAACAUGGAGCGGUGUUUCCAACAGCCCAGACCGUGAGUGCAAUCCUGGCUUCUUAGGAAUCAUAUCCAAUAACGAUGUAGUCGCUCAGAAUCAAAUGGCAUUCGAUAAAGAGAGCAUCAUUGGAUUGGUGAUCUGGUUCAGUUGUGUCUUGUACAGUUCUCUUCGUACUGCAUCUAAAUCAAACAGAAUCACCAUGAGUGAAAAUGUUCUUAUACAAGACAACGGCGCUGUUCGGAACGCAGGUGACCAGUCUCUUAUCAAUAAUGAAGAUUAUGUUUCAGUAGAGGGUCGCAGUGGAGAUGCAGAAGACGGCGGUGCCAAAGUCUGGGACAAUGAGGAAGAUACAGUAGCUUACAACUGGAGUUUCUUCCACUUCAUGUUUGCUCUGGCUACCCUAUAUGUUAUGAUGACGCUCACCAAUUGGUACAAGCCAAAUCAAUCAUCACUGGAGACUCUUAAUUCAAAUGCUGCCUCAAUGUGGGUCAAGAUUGUUUCUUCAUGGGCAUGCAUGGGACUAUAUACUUGGUCUUUGGUUGCACCAGCUGUUUUGACUGAACGAGACUUUUCGUAAACUUAAAAAUACUUUUCUGAGAUUGUACUUCUUUUGACAGGUAUUUAAAAAUCACACGUGCACUUGUUGCGUUCUUAUGACAUUUCUAUUAUUCAUAUAGCAGAAGCAUUUAAGAUUGAAGUAUUAAUGCUGAAAAAAUUAAUAAAAGGUAUUUCACAGUGUGUAAUAUAAAAGCGUCGACUAUGCGUAACUAAUAUGCUUAGAUUUAAAGUUAUUGAAUUGGUAUGAUUUAAAGUUUUACAAGUGGCAAUCAGUAAUCGAUAAAUUAAAUUUUUAGUGCCUAUAGAUUCAACAGAAUGUACCGAUCUCAAGUUAUAUUUGGAAAAAAGCUGUAAAAAGGAAUGAUUUUACAUUGUAAGAUCUAAAAGUAAAAGACUCGUUUGUUAUUAUAUAUAAGCGAAAUAAUAUAACGUAUAAAACUGUGUAAAGCGAUAAAAACAGAAAUAUUUUCUGGUUUAUUAGGAUUUUUUUUAUUUCAACAGUAGCUAAUUAAAUAUCGAGAAAAUAUUGCUUAUUUAAUUUAAUAUUAAUUAUGGAGAUACGAGCUGUAAUUCCUCCUCGUUCAUGUGAUAUAUAAAGCGAACAAUACUGUAUAGUGAAUGUUUCGUCUUUUGAUUGUAUUUGUCAUAAAGCUUGAAAAAAGAAUAAAAGGGUAAUAAAAUCCAAGGUUCUCUUUUC